AUGGCUCUCCCGGGAAAGGAGUUUUAUUUUGCCAUCAUGGGACACUUUGAUCAACCUAUUUUCGAGCUUGAUUUUCCGUUGGUUGAGAAGAAAACGAAAGAAUCGAUCGACACAAGGUAAUGAUUUAUUCUACUUGAAUUUUGAUGAAGUUUGAUUUUAGACAUCUGAAUCACUACAUCGGGCACGCGGCACUUGACGUCAUUGAUGAACACGCUUUGACCAGCCCGAGCAUGUACCUCAAGGUACUUUUUUCGUGUUAUGGAACCAGUGUGAGCUUAUGUGAUCAGAAAAUUGUGAGAAAAAGUUCGAAGUUAAUGACAAUCUAAAAAUUUUUUUCGGGGGUUUUUUUGAGCCUUUAAUUCUAUUUUACAAUUUUUUUAAUGGAAAAAAAUAUUAAAUUUAAUGUCAUUUUUUUCUCAAAAUCCAAAAUUUGAAUCAAUAAGUAGUCAUACCAUGCUAACUUUACACGAUUUUUGUUUUUCUUCAAGCUAGAAAAUAAUUCCGUUCGAAGCGCGCAGGAUGUUAUUCUGUCUGCUUCUUGUAUUCGACCUAGAACUACCGUUUUAUCAAAGGCGUAGACAAAGAUAAAAUCGCGCGCCUCAAAAAGAAGGCUCCGUGGCUCAGAGAAAAACGAACAUCGUGACAAGAAUGGCCAAUAUAAAAAAGUGGAGAUUUUUGACAAAAAUAUAGCUUGAAAAUGUUCACUGAUAGUUACAAAUUUCAGCUCGUAGACAAAUUUAACGAAUGGCAUGUUUCGGCUUUUGUCACAGCGAGCCGUAUCCGUUUCAUUAUGCUUCAUACACAAAGAUGUGACGAAGGCAUCAAACAGUUUUUUCAGGUUUGUCUUUGUCUUGUUGUUCGCUUUCAAGAGGUUCAGUUGAAGAUUUAAAAAAAAGCAGAGCUGUGGAUGGCGCACAAAAUCGGCCCACAAUCAGUCGCAAUCUUGAAAUUUUUUUAUCUCAUUUUUUUAAAUUAUAUCGCAUAAUUUAUUUAAAUAACGAAUUUUUUUACUCACUCUCUUCUUCGUUUAUACUCUCUGCAAAAAAAUUUCAAUACGGAGAGGCUGUAAAAGUGACGGUUUUUCGACGCUUCGCGACCGCGUUAGAACUCUAUGGCCUACCCGGCCGGCCCAUCGCAAAGUUCUGAAUGAAAAUUUAAAAAAAAAACCCGUCCUAUCCGGGAAAUCCGGCCAUAAUAAUUUUUCUGUAUAGCUUUAUUUUCGAAGUUCGUUUUUGUCCGUCAAGGUGAAACAUUUAUUUCAUAAAAAGGAUCGUUUUGGAAAAAAAAAUUGGAAACAAUGGAAACUUCCUUUUACUUCCCAAUAAUCUACGUUUUUUUUUAAAAUAUGUUUGGAAGUAGAAUUUAUAUUUACUGCUUUAAAAGCUUCUUUCAAAAAUAUUCAGCAGGUUCAACCCUUUCAAAGACUUUGAAGACUCUCGAUAUGUCCAUUUAUUUUACAGGAAAUGUACGAGACAUACAUCAAACACUCUAUGAACCCUUUCUACGAGAUCGAUUCUCCGAUCAAGUCAAAAGACUUUGAGCAAAGAGCGACGACUUACGGCCGAAAAUAUUUGAUCUGA